ACGUCACGUGACGGCAGUUGGCGAGAGAGCGGCUCGAGAGACGGACUCGGACCGGAGCUCGUGCGGCGGAGACCAGCUGGCCACACGCUGGAGGACGUCGUCGCCCCCGUGCCGCAGCCGCCGUCUCUGCCCGCCUUCACGCGACACCUCCUGCCGCCUCCGCGCCGCCGUCGUCCGCGGUCCCUGCCCGAGCCGGGGUCGGCGGUGGGGGUCGUCCGGCGCGGGGCAAGCGAGCGACCGGCAUGGACCCCCGAGCGACGGAGCGCCCCGGUGCCUCCCUCGGAGCCGACGGCGGAGAGUCGGAGUCGGAGUCCGCGGCGGGCGGCGGCAGCAGCGACACGUUCAGCGGCAGCCUCCCCGACAUGGAGCAGGAGAGCCUGGAGGAGAAGCUGCGGGGACUGGCCUUCCGGAAACAGACGUCGUAUCGGAGAACGCGCUAAACGGGGAUCACCUGUGGAUGGAGACCAGCUGCUCGGGGGAGCUGUGCUACCUGGGAGAGGACGCCUGCCUCCUGAAGGCGGCGAAGUCGGCCCCCAGGAAGAAGUGUGCCGCCUGCAAGAUUGUGGUUCACACGGGCUGCAUGGAACAGCUGGAGAAGAUCAACUUCAGGUGCAAGCCAACUUUCCGAGAGGGAGGAUCACGUUGCCUCAGAGAUCAGAACGUGUUGAGACAUCACUGGGUGCACAGGAGGAGGCAGGAGGGCAAGUGCAAACAGUGUGGAAAGAGUUUCCAGCAGAAGUUUUUCCACAGUAAAGAAAUCGUCGCUAUCAGCUGUUCUUGGUGCAAACAAGCUUUCCACAACAAGGUGACGUGUUUCAUGCUGCACCAGAUCGAGGAGCCGUGUCCGCUCGGGGCGCACGCCGGCGUCAUCGUGCCGCCGUCAUGGAUCAUCAAAGUCAGGAAACCGCAGAACUCACUGAAGAACUCGGCCAGAAGAAAAAAGCGGACGUCGUUUAAGCGCCGGACGAGCAAGAAGGGGCUGGACGAAUCCAAAUGGCGGCCGUUCAUGCUGAAGCCCCUCCCCUGCCCCCUCAUGAAGCCCAUCCUGGUCUUUGUCAAUCCAAAGAGUGGAGGCAAUCAGGGCGCCAAGGUGCUCCAGAUGUUCAUGUGGAUCUUGAACCCGCGGCAAGUCUUUGACCUGUCCCAGGGCGGCCUUCGAGAGGCGUUGGAGUUGUAUCGGAAAGUGCCAAACCUGAGGAUCCUCGCCUGCGGAGGAGACGGCACGGUGGGAUGGAUCCUGUCCACCUUGGACGAGCUACAGAUGACGCCGCAGCCGCCGGUGGCCGUACUUCCUCUGGGGACAGGAAACGACCUGGCCAGGACGCUCAACUGGGGUGGGGGCUACACGGACGAGCCAGUGUCCAAGGUCCUGUGUCACGUGGAGGACGGCUCGGUGGUGCAGCUGGACCGGUGGAACCUCCAAGUGGAGAAGAGCGCCGUCCAGCCGGAGGACGGCACCCAGAAGCUGCCUCUGAACGUGUUCAACAACUACUUCAGCCUGGGCUUCGACGCUCACGUCACCCUGGAGUUCCACGAGUCCAGAGAGGCCAACCCUGAAAAGUUUAAUAGUCGCUUCCGCAACAAGAUGUUCUAUGCAGGAGCCGCCUUCUCAGAUUUCCUUCAGAGGAGCUCGAGGGACUUGUCCAAGCACGUCCGAGUGGUGUGUGACGGCACAGACCUGACCGCAAAGAUCCAGGAGCUGAAAUUCCAGUGCAUUGUGUUUCUAAACAUUCCCAGAUACUGCGCGGGCACCAUGCCGUGGGGCAACACGGGCGACCACCGCGACUUUGAGCCGCAGCGCCACGACGACGGCUGCAUCGAGGUCAUCGGCUUCACCAUGGCCUCACUGGCGGCGCUACAAGUGGGCGGCCACGGCGAGAGGCUGCACCAGUGCCGGGAGGUGAUCCUCACCACGUACAAGACCGUGCCUGUUCAGGUGGACGGCGAGCCCUGCCGGCUGGCUCCGUCCACGCUCCGCAUCUCGCUGCGCAACCAGGCCAACAUGGUCCAGAAGAGCAAGAGGCGCACCUCUGUGCCCCUGCUCAACGAUAUUCAGAAGGUGUGUGCAGCUGAUCUGCGCCGCCUCUCUGCUCCCCCCGACUCCUUCUCUGUUCCGCACGCCGUCCCGGACCGCCUCCGCCUGCGAGUGAAUCGGAUCAGCCUGCAGGAGUACGACAGGAUGCAGUACGACAAAGAGCGCCUGCGAGACAUCUCUAUCCCGGUGGGAAUCGUGGUGGUGAGAGGCGACUGUGACCUGGAGACCUGUCGGCUCUACAUCGACAGGCUGCAGGAGGAUUUGCACCAGGCGCCCUCCGGUGGCCACAGAGUGCACUACCAGGAUGAGAGCCGAGGCGUCCUCAGGUUCACUGCCACCGGCAGACUGUCUUCCAGCUGGAGCUUCUUAGAUUCGACGUCGGCCGACCGCUUCUAUCGCAUCGACAAGGCUCAGGAGCACCUCCACUUCGUCACAGAGAUCUGCCAGGAGGAGGUCUUCAUCUUGGACCAGGAGGGUCCUGCAGGGCCAGCUGGGGGCCACGGCUCGUCCACGGGGAUGCCCGACCUGGUGGUGGAGCCCAGUGCUGGUGCUCCUCUGACGCCUGACGAACAAGCUUUGUUAGCAGCCGCCAGCUCAGGGGACAUCUCCAUGUUGUCGGAGUGUGUGCAUCGUGGCGUCAGCCUGCUGGUGCGCGACGCCGGAGGUUGCUCGGCGCUGCACACAGCUUCUCAGAAGGGACACGCCCAGCUGGUGGUCUUCAUCCUGCAGCAGGGAUCCAAAGUGCUUCUUGACCUGCCCGACAGAGAAAAAGGGGACACCGCUUUGCACAAAGCCGCCUUGGAGAAGCAGCAUGCAGUGUGUCGACUGCUAGUGGAGGCUGGAGCAUCUCUGGAGAAAACCAACUUUCAGGGGAAGACGCCAGUGGACCAAGCAGAGGGAGACUCUGAGCUGACUUCCUACCUGAGCAGCCAAAAAACCUCCUCUCCGCCCCAUGAGGACUUGGAAACAGCAGUCUGACACACUUCCACACACACACACUUACAUACUGACACACACACUUACAUACUGACACACUUCCACACACACACUUAUGUACUGACACACUCUCACGCUGACACUGUGCAUCAAAAAGCGAAGGGGCGUGUCUCAGUCGAGGACCUGCCCCGCCCCCCCCACCCCAGGCGGCGGCGGCGGACAAUCUUUGAUUUGCUGAGCUAUUUAUUUCUAUUUAUUUAUUCCUAAUUGUAUUUAUUGGCGGUGGUGCUGUCGGAGCGAAAGUGCACUUUUGUCCUUGUGGGGACCGGAGUGUGUUUCAGGACGUGACGCUUUACGUUCAGCCCAUCAAACCUUUUGUGCCAAAGACGUGACGCUGGUGUCACUUCUCCGUCGUCUUGCUCUCUUAGGAAAACCAUGGCUUUGAAUACCAAAUGUAUGCUAACGUCACACAAGCUGUCACCUCGCACCAGUCCAAAAGCUUCUUCGUUGGGUUCUCAUUUGUUGUGAAGCAGACUAUCAGUGCCCCCCUGUGGCUGAUAACUCCAUAAACGUUCAGUGACGUCAUUUGGGAGAAAGCAUGGUGUCAUAACAAGGCCAAAAUCACACAUGAGAAACGUUCUUUUGUGCACACGUUCCUUUGUCUUGGAACAUAGGGCGGGCAUUAGAUACACAGCCCUCCUUUCUGAUUGGUCACUUUAACCCUGGCACAACUUUUACAUUGACUAUACACACUUACUCUUCAAGUCCGAAAGGACACACAAAAGUAUAUAAAAUAAAAAUGGAUUAUUUUAUUUUACUUUAAUAAUAAUAAUAGAUUGUAUUUGUAAAAAGCACUUUAUAUUGAGCAAACAACCUCAAAGUACUUCAGUGUAUUAAAAGAGCCUAUCUCAGCUGCAUUCGGGCGGAAGGCGGUGUACACCUUGGACAAGUCGCUACCUCACUGCAUCGUGUG